AUGGGUAGCUUGGGCACCAAACAUGCGUCCUGCACCGCCAUCCCCGAGGCCGAGGGAAAGGCCGAAUUCCAGCCGCUCAACCCUGAAGACGUCCGCGCAUACCUCCACAAGGCCGUCGACUUCAUCUCUGACUACUACACCAACAUCAAGUCCAUGCCAGUUCUCCCUGACGUGAAGCCAGGAUACCUGCAGGAUGAGCUCAGCUCGUCUCCGCCGAUCGACUCAGCACCGUUCGAUGACACCAUGAAGGAGCUCAGGGCCUCCGUCGUCCCUGGCAUGACGCACUGGGCUAGCCCGAACUUUUUCGCCUUCUUCCCCUCCACCAACAGCGCCGCUGCCAUUGCCGGUGAUCUCAUCGCCUCCGCCAUGAACACUGUCGGGUUCACAUGGCAGGCCUCUCCAGUGGCCACCGAGAUGGAGGUCCUCGCGCUCGAUUGGCUUGCACAACUCGUACGCCUGCCCAUCACCUUCAUGAAUCGCACUAGCACUGGCCGUGGCACCGGCGGUGGCGUCAUCCUUGGCACCACGAGCGAGGCAAUGCUUGUCACGCUUGUCGCCGCCCGUGACGCCGCACUGCAUAGGUCUGGUUCGGCUGGCGUGUCCGACUUGCCGCGACUGGUUGUGUAUGCUACCGACCAGACUCACUCCACUUUCUUCAAGGUAUGUCGUCUCGCAGGCUUCGACCCCGCUAACUUCCGCUCCAUCCCCACCGGGCCGGAGACCAAUUAUGGACUCGACCCAGUCAAGCUUCUUGAGACCAUGCAAGCUGACAGAGACACCGGCUUUGUGCCAACAUAUGUAUGUGCCACGGUGGGCACCACAUCUUCAAAUGCAGUCGACCCGGUGGGCGCCAUCGCUGAUAUUGCUACCAUGUUCAAUGUGUGGGUCCAUGUCGAUGCUGCCUAUGCUGGCAGUGCGUGCAUCUGCCCGGAGUUUCGCCACCAUCUCGAUGGCGUCGAGCGUGUGGACUCCAUUAGCAUGAGCCCACAUAAAUGGCUCCUCACGUGCCUAGACUGCACCUGUCUGUACGUUCGCGAUACUCACCGCCUGAGUGGCUCACUGGAGACAAACCCAGAGUACCUCAACAACGAUGCUACUGACUCGGGCAAGGUUACCGAUCUCAAGGACAUGCAGGUCGGCGUCGGUCGCCGCUUUCGUGGGCUCAAGCUCUGGAUGGUCAUGCACACCUAUGGCACGUCAAAGCUGCAAGAGCACAUUCGCAAAGACGUCGCCAUGGCCAAGAUGUUUGAAGAUAUCGUGUGUUCCGACGAUAGGUUUGAGGUGGUCGUACCGAGGAACUUCGCACUUGUGUGCUUCAGAAUUAAGGCGAGUGGUGCCAUGACGGAAGAGGAUGCUGAUGGGGCCAACCGUGUGCUCAUGGAGAAUGUGAACAAGACCGGCAAAGCUUAUCUUGCACACACGGUGGUUGGCGACAAGUUCGUCCUCCGGUUUGCCGUGGGGUCAUCCUUGCAGGAGGAGAGGCAUGUGAGAAACGCGUGGGACCUCAUCAAGAUGACGGCCAGCAGUAUCUUGGAUUAG